AUGGAGCACACCUCAUCCCAACCCAACUGCUCGACUGGAACUGGUAGCGCAAUGAUUCCAAUCGGCACGCACAGUCUCUACAUGGCUGUUACCGGCAUUGUCCGUCACCCUCAUGAUCCUAUUGUGGUUAUCCUUGCUGGUGCGGGUGAUGUUGCCUCAUUACGUACCAUGCUCUACGACCACUCAGAACUAGGGCGCAGUGAAGAUGGUCCCAAUCGACCUACAGCCGUUACAGCCGCCCAGGAACUACAUGCACUUCUACAGACCAUUCAGAUCCCUUCUCCUCUAUUAUUCGUGGGCCAUUACUAUGGAGUGAUUAUCGCCCAGGAAUACCUCAACUUGUAUCUUGAUGAAGUCAUAGGGAUGAUUCUUGCUGAGAGCACCAUAGAAUGA